AUGUCACGCAGCAGUAGCGGCGCUGCUCUGUACGCCAUGGGCAGCGGCAAUGAGCCGCCACAUGCACCGGUCACCACAACCGAGGCAGCAACUCAGGUGACGGUCGGCGCGCAUCCCAGCUCCGCCGCGUCUCCGCCGCACCCACUUCACUACCGCCACAACGCGGCAUCUCGGGAACUGCUGCUUCAGUCCAUCAGCGACAUUGGUAAGCUCAUCGCACUGGCGUUGCUGCCUGUCACGCAGCAGGUCGGUCGUCGUGUGGCAAACCUGGUGCGCGCGCUUGCUUUUCAGCCCUCGCCGACACCGUCUGUGCAACCUUCUCCGUUAGGCGUGCAGCUGCCAGCGCGAACUGCCUUACCGCCCCCCAUCUGGACGACAAGCGCAUCGGUGGUGCCCUCCAGUGCGCCGCAGUCCCAUAGCACCGCCCCACGGAACACGGAUCUCUCCAGCGGACUCUUGGAUGCCAACUACGGCGGCGGUGCGAUGCCGUCCGCCGCAGCCACAGCAACUGUUUCCGCUGCCGGGCCCGUGCAUCUUGUGCACGACGAUCCGGUCCUUGUCCGUCUUCUCCAGAUGGCUGCGUCGGCCGCGUCGAGAUGCCCCCUCGGCAGCAGCGCGCUCGAAGAGCUAUACGGUGUACUCUUACUCUUCUACAGCGGCGUCGCGCCGCAGUCCAUGCUGGAGGCGACGUGCGAGGCGACGCUGACACACCACAUCCAUACCGUGCUGGCCGGGCUGCAUGACAGCGGGGCAGGCGAUGACGGCGUUGUCUCAGCCAGCGCGCACGCAAGCGACGACGGCCUAGCGCAUCGCAACAGCUCGUCCGUAACGCUGACGGCAUCCACGUUCGCGGCCCAGCUGCAGGGCGUCGCCUUCAUCAAGGACAUCUGCCGCCUCAUGGUCGGGGCACGCACGCGGUGGCUGCAUCUCAGUCCUUAUAGCACCAGCGCCCCCGCUCCCGGUGGCGCGGCAGGUGGUGAAGGCGCGACCGCGGUCGGUGGCAGCAAUCACAACAAGCGAGGUGUGGCGGCACCUCACAUAGGUAGCACACCAUCCUCUAUGGCCGGCAUCACCGCCAGCGUCGCGGCUGCCGCAGCGGAUGCUAGUCGGCAACGGGGUCAAGAGCAGCAGCAGCAGCAGCACUCGUUGAGCACGUCGCUGGUGUCGAAGUCGAUGCUCGGAUCACUGUCCGCCUUGUCAUCUGGCACCCAGAAUGAGCUGGAUGCACAAUCCGCAGCAGCCGCAGCGGGGGCUGUAUCAGGCGCCGGCGGUCCUGGUGGUGCAACAGAGCUUUCCUCGUUAUCUUCCUUGGCGGUGACUGUGCCGGCGUGCGCCGCGAUGGACGCGAUGCCGGAGCGACUGCGACUCUUUCUCAUGCGCGCCGUGACGCUGUUCUUCAAGGAGCAUGCCAAGGCUCUGGCGGCCCCAACGGUGGCGACGCCCGCUGCUGGUGGAGGAGCCUGCACCGAUGAAAGUGCGAGCCGAAGCUCAGCUGUUACAUCAGCCGCCGCGGUAUCCAUGCACAGCCCGCUGUACGCGCAGUGCCUCAACGACUGCUUCUUCUCUGUCGCGCUGUGGGGUCUGCAUGAGAUGGGCAUCGCGGUGUCCAUGCAGCCGCCGCCGGCCUUGUUCGUCGAGGUGCAAGAGCAGCAGCAGCAGCAGCGCGAUGGGGCCUGUAGCGCGCCACCUUGCUCGCUGGAGAUAUUCAUGUGCACACAGCAACUCGUACUCGUUUCCAUCAGCACGCACCUUCACAGCAUGACGAACUCGACCCAGGUGCUUCUCGAGGCGCAUGAGCAGCUGCUACAGCGGCUCUGCAGGCGCCGCAAGCCUUGUGCGACGUCGUCGUCGCAGCGGCUCAGCAGCAGCGGCGAGCUGUCAGGAGGCUCGCCGAUGAGCAGCGACGAUGCCGAGCGACUGUCACAGGCGGCGACGGUCGUGCUGUCCCUCUGGCGCAAGACCCUUACGAGUGCGACUCUGUUGUGGGAACUGCUGCAGCUGCGGCCCAUGGGGAGCGGCCACCGCGAUGACCACAGCGCUGACGAAGUGGCAGCAGAAAUGUCGGUGGAGACCGAAGCAUAUCGUAGCAGCGGCUGGUACUCGAGUGAAGCGUGGCAGGCCAGUCCAGACGUGAAGCGCAACGGCUACCAAAGUGACAGCGGCGGCACCGCGGUGGCCUCGCAGCGAUGGUCGCAGUCACCGCACAGCAGCUCUCUGUAUCAGCAGGGGCCUUUGCUCACGCUCCCACACUCGCGCGACUAUCUCACGGGCAGCCAAACCGCGCUUGACGGCAGAACUGGCAGCGAGGAGGAUCGCGCCAGCACACCGCCCGCUCCGGGACUUGGGAACGCCGCGGCGGUCGGUGAGGAGGGUGGCACUGGCGUGGACGCCACUACUGUGCCGUUGCUGGUCCGCGUCGUGUUGUCCUUACUGGCACUGGUGGUGUCCCACAUGCAGCUCCAUGCCAACAACAUCAUGCAGGUGAGCGCGGACGACAAGACUACCGAUGACAGGCGCGGAGGCGGUGACGGCGAGGAGGCGGAGGGCGCGGCGUUUACAGAACCGCUUCUACGGCCCAGCACUCGCCCACGCUUCCCGUCCUCCGGUGACUCCGGGGAUGACAUCGCGGGCGAGGAAUCUCUGAAGCGCCUACCCCCGCACAUCGAGCCGGCACCAAUACCGCUCUGCGUGUGUGCAGCAAAUCCAUCCAUAGUGUACCAGUGCUUCACGGAAGCGCUCAACGGUCUCACCGCCUUUGGCCAGCUCUUCUCGCAGCUGGUUGACACGCAGCUGAUGCCGUCGGUGGCCGCGGCAGACAAGGAACAGGUGCUGUGCCGGUGUCGUGAGUGCUUCCUGGUGCUGCACCCGCAUCUUCUCUACUGCGAGCAGCUCUGCCUGCGCCAUCUCCGCUACGAGGAGGACGUGCUGCCGGUCGUGUUGAAAGCCAUUGGUUACUGGGUACAGGUCAGCUGCGUCCUGCAGCUGGCUGAGCAGCGUGACGCCUACUUGACAGCGCUCGUGGACGUGCUGCGGACACAGGACCCGGUGGAUGGUCACCUGGUCGCCCUGGCCCCGCCCACCGCCUUGGGCAUGUCGGACACCGCCUCUCCGACGACGACGAUGCUGCUGGAGGCGCUUCUCACGCUGAACAGCGCGUGUGCGGCAGCGGAGCCGAUCGUGCCGGGAUCCGUCGCCGCCGCGGCGCUCAGCCCCAGCGACGAUCGCGACGCUGCGUCGCCGGGCAGUGGGGGUGGCGCGACGGGGAUUCGACAGUAUGCCCUCACCAUGUCCAGCUGGGGCGCUGAAUGGCUGCGGCGUCGUGGUCUCACGACCUCCUCCUCGGCCCGCGGCAGCAGGGUGUCACCAGCACGUGCAGGCAGGGGCGGAAGCGGGAGCUGGACCGUGUCCCCCUCCCAGUCGCAGAUGAGCGCCACCCCUGCAGGCGAGCGAGGCGGUGCCAGCACACGGCCGCCGUUAGCUGCACCCCCGCGCAUCGGCACGCCGACUCCUAUAGCGGCAGCGUCACGUAGCAAGCAGCAGCAGCAGCAGCAGCCCGCGUCGGCGUCGUGGGCGAUGCUGUCAGUACUCACAUCGCACGGCUGGCGCUCACCAGCCGUGCAGCACGCCGUCAUCCUUGGCGUGUGUCGCCUGCAGCACAAGCUCUUUAUCAUGAAAACGCUUCACGUCAUCGCCAAUACCCUCGGGGCACGGCUGAAGAGCGGGUGGGCCUUGGUCGCGCACGGCCUCGCUGUGACGGAGCCUCUGCUGUACAUGCUCAAGCGGCUGGUGUCGUGGAUCGAGGAGUCCGCCGAGGAGCAGGAGCAGCAAGAGCAGCUACUCAGUGACGCCCUGCACCUGCGUGACGCGCUGCGCUCCCUCUGCGUCCAGAACACCUGCCAGCUACCCUAUUCCCAGUUUAAGCUCUUCUUCACCGAGCUCGUGAACGCAACGGUGGACUUAGGGGCAGCAGCGCCGUCGCAACAACAGGACGGAGCGGGACUAGCCUCCAACCACUGGGACUGCGGGGAUCUGCACGCCGCCGCUUCCGACCGGCUACCUCGCCACCACCCACAGGGCUGCGGCGGACAGUGGGUGCUCACGUCAGAGUGCCUGAGCGUGUCACUAGUAGCCAUGCUGCCCUUCAUAGACCUGCGGUACACUGACGCGACGGAUGGCGUAGCAACUGGCAAAGUAGGGGACGGCAGCGGUGGGGGCGAUCGGCCCGGUGUUCAAGCGGUGCAGCUGCAGCACCAGCGCACCGGUGCUCUUGCUCGGGCGCUGUAUCUGUGGGAGCUGGAGACGAAUGUCUGCCGCUACGUAACGGACCACCAGCACGUGGAGGAAUGGGGAAGGACACUGCUGACAACGACGAGGGCCCACAAGCGGGCACUGCUGGCGACCACGGCAUCGAGCUCCGUCGAACCAGCCGCCAUUGACCCAGACACGUCACUGGGGAGUGGGAGCCUCUCGCAGGAAGACACCCGCACGAUGGAGCUGGUGCUCUCCACCGUCGUCGGCCACGUUUCCACGGUAGCCGUGCAGAUGUGCCGCUCAUCAUCGCGGCGUCGGGUUGCGGCGGUGACGAGUGCCGGAGGUGAAGGCGGCAGCCCGUUGAAUGGCACUGGCAGCGCAGCGCCGGCCCCCUCGUACCAAGCCGUGCAGAGCGCCGCCCUCAUGAUCGCCUCUGGCCCCUUCGCCGCUGUGCCUCUCACGCAAGUUGUGAACGCCCUCUUCGCCCCCAGCGCCGCCUCUGGGUCUUCUCUGGGUGCGAGUGGCGCGAAGGACACCCUCGCUGGAGUCGGCAGCCGCUGUCGGCUGCCUCUCUUGCCGUUUGUGCAGACCGAUGCCGCGCAAACCACCGCACAGCUGCUCGCUGCCGUGCAUUGGUCCUCGCAGGCGAUCGCCAUUCACACCUCCGCCGACGACAGCAGCAGUAGUGUCGCCACCGCUCCGUCGGUGACCGCGGCUGUCCGCCUCGACCCGCGAGAGCAACUCCUGGCGAGCCCCUUUUUCCUACUCGACCGCGUCUAUGACGCGUGGCAGCUGUCGUGUACUGGCUCGCCGAGCAAAGGCGGUGAACAAGGCAGACGAUCCACAGCGGCCAACGCGGCGGGACAGCAUGAGCUGGAGGGUCGCAUGUCGCCAGCCCCACUUGAGGCGAACGAGGCUCGGGAUCUGCCGCAGAGGGGGGAGAGGUCCGCUAACUCGAAAGCGGCAGAGGCGUCUGCGGCGUUCUCUGUCGUCGCCGGCGCAGUCCCGCAGCUGCUGACCAACGCUGCCGCCGCCGUGCUGAUGGACGUUGUGAAGAUUGUGCAGUCCUAUGGCGAAGAAAUCGACGGCGCCGCCUGGGAAGCUAUCUUGUCCUUGUUGCAGCGAACCGCCAUGGCGACCAAGGAGCACGCCUGUCAGAGCGUUGACAGCAUCGGAGGCCGCAGCGCUAGCAGCACCAGCCCCCUCAGUAAGCCGGACAUCAUGGCACCGACCAGCAGCACCCCCGGUGCCGCCGCGUCGAGCAACCAAGCCAUCGAGUCGCUCAACACCGCUUUUCGCGCGCUGGAGAGCAUUCAGCACAACCACAUUCCGCGCCUGAAUGCGGACGGCCUGCACCGUCUCAUCAUGUGUGUCGGCACCUUCACAGUCCACCGCGUCGACGGAGGGGCUGCCGGUGAGCGCAAGCUGUACACGAACCUCAGCGCCGUGCAGCUGCUGUGGUCUAUCGCGGACUACCUUGCUGCCGUUGACAGCGAGGCAAUCGACGAGAUCGAGCGCGGGGGCGCCGACAAACAUGCCAACGGAGGUAGCAGCGGCACCGUGAAAGUCACGACCGCCGGGUAUGCCGGUGCGGCUGCUGGAGGAAGGCCAGGAUCACCGGCGCGAUGUUCCGAUGGUGCUGUGGUCGCACAGCAGCAGCAGCUAGACCGCCUCUGGUGCUCGCUCCUCUGGCAGCUACGCAACGGCUGCCUCGAUGAUCGACAGGAGGUGCGCCAGUCCGCGCUGCAGACGCUCUUCGCACUCGUGCAGACGUACGGCUGGCGCUUCUCCCCGGCGUGUUGGCGAUGUGUACUACAGGAUGUGUUGUUGCCGCUCAUGGAAAUCGUUGCAGUGGCGACAGGGCUGUGCGCGACCCCUCCGCCAUCGUCGCCUGUACGGGGAGAAGACGGCGCAACGGCCGUGACCGGUGCGGCGGAGGAGAGAGGGGCGCAAGACACGACAAGGCAGCGGCUGCUCCGCGGCUUCAUGGAUAAUCCGCCUCAGCUAGAGGAGGUGCGAGUCUCCUUGUUCGAUGCGGGGAGCCGCCUGUUCGUCACGCACUACGCACACAUGCAGGCGGCCGCCUCCGCGCUGUCGGCGCGAUCGCCGCGUCCUCGGCUGCCCGUCACUGGGGAAGACAAGGACGAUGUCACGGAGGUGCUGGAGCGCUUUCUGGGAUUGUGCGGCGACGUUUGCGUGGUGCUGCGGGGCACAUCCGGCGAACACGCCGCUGUGGCUGCCGUGCACGCUCUCCACGGGCUGCUCGUCGAGAUGCCAGGGAAAGGGCUGCACGCGCGCGGGGUACACCUCGCCUGGAGUGCUCUUGAGCGUCUGAUCCUGCACGGCGGCGGCGGCGAUGACUGCGCUGAGGAACCACUUGCGGAUCUGAGAGAAGGCACAGCGCCAGAACUCGACGCCCAAAGAAGGGCCAAACAGUGCACCAACGCGGUAGUGGCGGCUACGGUAGCCGCGAUCUGCGACAGCUUCCGCCUCCAGCGCCUCGCGGCGGCGGCGGUGUCGGAUGCCGCGGUCGACUCCGUCACCGCCACGUCACCAAGCGCCGUGGAGAGCAGUCACAAGGCGACGGGUUUCAGCUCGUACUUCAGCGGCUGGGGCGGCAGCGGCGGCGGCAUAGCCGCCACAGUCGCAGGGUCAACGCCUCGUGCAGAGCUGCGGCACAGCGACCCCUCCUCUCCUGCCCCGUACUUUACUCGUCUUGUCUUUCUCUUGCAGGCUGUCACCCGCUGCCCGGCUGUUGUGAAGUCGUACUACUUCCCAAGCAAGGCGCAGACCACCCUGCUCGAGGGUGUAGCCGCGGUGUGGCCGACGCUGUCGAGUCUCGAGGCGCGGACGAUGUGGAGCGAGGUGCUUCUGCCGGCCUUUCCGCCAGCGGCGCGGCUGCAGAGCUUUGUUUUGCAGGACCUGCAUGAGUCGGUCUCCAUCACGGUGGUGGACAACGCCACCACGAACUCAGCAGCGACGGCAGCGGCGAGCACGCUGAUCCCACUCAAGUCCGUGAUGCCUCCUGGGUCGCACCCGGGGUAUCUCAGCGCCGUCAUGGAGACGAUGCGCGGCUUGAUGCUGCGUCACAUGGGCGCGGAUGCUGUCGAUGCGACCGCUCCGAGGCGCAGAGGGCCCGACGGACUGCCGCCGGAUCCUGCAUCAGCCAACAUGUCCGCUGCGGCGACGGAGACACCAGCGAAGACAACCGACAAGGAUCGCGUGCGACUGGCAUUUAUGGCCCCCAGCACCGUGCAAGCCAGCGGCACACUGUUGCUGCUGCACCUUGCCUCUGCGGCGGUUCUAGAAGUGCCGCAGCGAUCGGGAAGCGUGCCCUUCAACCCUCCGGCGUUCUUCCUACGAGAAUGUGUCAACGUGUUGCAGUACACACUGUGGGGGCCGGUGCUGGCGCGCACCCGGACGCCGCCACCUUCCCUGCCCUUUCCCUGCCCCGAGGCGAGCAACGUCUCGCCACCUUCCGCGGCGGUUGUACAGUGCCGCCGGGAUGGUGUCGCCGCGCUCUGUCGCGUGUUUGAACUGCUGCUCACCACCACCUCCACGGUGGUGCGGCACGCGCAUGCGACUCCACCGAGCGGGGGGGCGGCAGCGACAACCGGGACCACCGCGGCUCCAACGACAACGAUAACGCCACCGCAUGUCACAGCGGCGUUGCAGGCGCUCGACUUGCUCGUGGACACCCUCGGUGAGGUGGUUCACUUUGUGGUGGAGCAGUAUGAGGAUGUGGUGUGCGCAACGGCAGCCAUCACAACUUUGACGAUCGCGUCGACUGCAGAGGGCGCGGCGCUGGCUCGGGUAGCACGGCGGAGUUUGUCCCUGUUGCAGCGCUGGGCAGGCGCCAUCGGUGGCACGCCGUCAGCGCGCUUAGCGCCUCCGUCGUGUGCCGCGACGCCACACCACCACCAACACACUCGCACCGGCAGCGAUGGCACUCGCAUCAUGUCUCCCACUGCGCAGGGCACCGUCGCCCGCCACGAUGUGUGUGCACAGUCCCAGCCUGCCGACCACGCCACCGCACCAACAGCAACCUCGCGCAGCAAGCUGCAGGAUGUGGCACGAGCCUCCAUGGAGUCCCGCAACAAAGCGCUCAUCGCACAGUUUGUGGGCAACCCCGACGACGCCAGUGCCGGCGCGCUACUCAUCGACACGCUUCGAGACAUGCUGCACAUGGCGCAGAACAACACACAAGGAGACCCGCGCGCCGGCGGCGAUGCGGCGACACAAAACCUGAGCUCCAUGAUGCCGAAUCUGCUGCGACUCGUUGCAUGCAGCAGUCAUGAACCGCACCGAUCCGCUGCGGCAAUCUCGCGAGAGCAGGAGAUGCGCGAGAUUCUGACGAAUCUGCUGAGGGUGGCUGUGGACGAACAGCACAGGCAGCUCUCCUGCCAAACCGGAUCACGCGGCCAGAGUGGUCGUCGUGCCGACGACCACCUGCUCAACUCGGAUGCGGAGGAUCAAGAUGAGGGCACGUCCAUCAUUUGA